UACAUUAUUUUCAACGCGUGCGGCUGGAAUGUUUACGUAAAAAUAAGAUUUAGAAAUUUAUAAAUAAAAAGUAAUUUUGAACACGACAAAUAAUAAUCGAAAAUGAAUCAAGCAGAUGUGAGUAAAUUAAUAUCGCAACUACGCAUAGCUGUACGUCCAACUCAUCGUCGUUUAAAGAAUCCCAAUGGACCUGAGGGUCGCCUAUUGAAACUCCGUAAAACUAUUACGGCGCUAGUCAAACACGAAAGGAUUGAACUAAACUACAACAGAGCCGAUGAGGCACGUGGUUAUGCAGAAUUGUUAAUAUCAAAUGCGAUCAGACAUGGAGAUAGGCAUAAAGAGACAAUGGAAUUGGCUAAUUAUUGGCUAUUGGAAAAGCAGUUAGUGCAUAAAUUAUUUAAAGUGUUAGCGCCACGUUUCGAAAGUACUAAUUUGGCAUACACACGCAUGUAUAAAGCACCGCGCGAGUACCCUGGCAUAUAUUACAAACGAUCUGUGCUGGAACUUCGAGGAAAUCCAUACCCUUCACUUUUACCAGACUUAUCGACAAAUCGUAAUUUACUACAUAAUGUGCUGCUGGAUGAAGCUCGAAAGGACUAUCGUCGUGAAAAAUUAGCUGAAAUUGCUAAUAAAAUUGCAGCAGCAUCAACACCGAUAGCUGAAUUAACACCACCAACGGAAGCAACACCAGUGGCGGAAUCAACAUCAGUGGCGGAAUCAGCACCAGUGGCGGAACCGAAAGUUGAAAUUGCUGAAAAGCAAAAUAAAAGCGCGUAAAACAUAAAUCACAGCACAUAUUCAUUUUCUUUUUUUUUGUUUUUG